AUGACCCUAGGUGCUUCUGGAACUGAGAUUGUCGGGGUUAUCGUGGGAGCUGUCAUCCUGUUUACGCUGGUCAGCGCUGCUCCGGUCAUCAUCGCAAGAAUCCGUCGACGGCGCAAUGUCAGACAACAACAGCAACAACCAGAAAUGCAGUCCAAUGACACCUAUCCAUCCUUCAGAUGCCCCGACAACGGCCCCAUGCCAAUGCAACAAGUCUUCGUGGAGCGCUGGCUAGAACAACAAUACGCACCGAGCUCAACCGAGCCGUAUUCUCACGACAUAUGGUGGGUUCCCUCGUUGUCCUUUUCCUUUCACCCAGCCUCUCUGGUGAUUUCUGGGCACUCUUGGCCCAAGAAACUGGCGGGGACAGGGCUGACGCUAGUCCUCUCGGCAUAA